CGCACUUCUGCAUUUAACAAUUGGAACUAUGGCCUUAUUUGAUGAACGUGAACGCUGUCUAGCCAGAGAUAUUUUACAGGAUUGUAAGGAAACCCUGAUUCUCCCGCUACAAGGGGAAACCCCGUUCCAGGUUGAGAUCAGUGGGUUGGAGAUCAUGAAUGAUGAUCCUAGCGAGGUUGAUGUACUUUAUGCCAAGGUUGGUCAAGCUGAUCAGCUCCAGGAUGUAGCAGAGAAAAUUAUUGAUAGGUUUGUUGAGUCUGGUCUGAUGAAGAGAGAAUAUGAGAGGAUAAAGUUUCAUGUUACUUUAAUGAAUACACUCUUCAGGAAGGACAAAAACGAUGUUGGUGAUGUCAAUGAACCUGCUGGAAAAUCGGCGAGAGAAACUUUUGACAGUCGGCAGAUCCUGGAGUUGUACGGAAAUACAAGUUUUGGUUCCGUUGAAAUCUCUGAGAUACAUUUGAGCCAGAGGCGCGCUGGACGAAGAACUCCUGAAGGAUAUUAUCUUCCCACUGCAAUCCUUAAUAUUGUUUCAUGUGGAUGAUAACCAAAUAUUUUAUCCCUGAAUAAACUCUUGAUGAAAUAAAUGAAUUGUAAAAAAAAA